AUGAUUCUCGUCGUGGGCAAGCAGAACGUCGAGCAGGGCACGGUCACGCUCAACAGCCGCGACGCGGCCACGCGCAGCAGGGAGGACCUGACGCCGACGGAUCUGCUGAGCCGGAUGAAGGAACUGGUCGACAAGUACCAGUAG